GAUUCAGAGAUUGGGGGAUAAAAAAGAGAGGAAGGAGGAUCAGAAGAAAUUGUGGCUAUUCCUCUCCAGUUUAUGUAUAUGAGCAGGACAAAAGAGAGUGGGCCUAAAAAAAAAAAAAAUUGAGUGGACCUACUAGCGAACUUAAUUUUUGCAUCCCAAAUGCUUACAAAAAAUUACUCACAUAACGAGGAAAGAAACUACAGGCAGAACUAAAAAUGAUCACGUAAAAAUUGUCCAAACUAGGAGGUCUAUUCUAAGCCUAUCUAAAUUUGCUGAAGGAGAGCUGAUAGAACAUUUAUUCCUUCAUUACCCUGUACUCUGUGACUCUGGCAGAAACUGUUUAGACCAUUCUGUUUUCUAUAUGACCAUGACUCUCAGUAUUGGCCACACAAAUAUCAAAGGUACCAUGCUCUUUGUGAUCGCUACCACUGUACCACCACGGCCUCCACUAGAAUAAACCAUUGUUGACCUUCGUAAAUUCCUGAUCUUAUAGUAAUAUAGCUGACAUAUGGACCUUCUGAGUUGGUAGGUAUUCUACAGUUUCUAAAAUUUUCUGUUGUUACCAGGUUAUAUCGUACGAUCAACUUCUUGAGCAGCUUGAUCUUUCAAAUGUGCGUGAACUUGAAGACUUUCUUAUCAAUGAUUGCAUGUAUGCAGGCAUAGUCAAGGGGAAGUUGGAUCAUUUGAGAAGAUCUUUCGAGGUUCAGUUUGCAGCUGGGAGGGAUUUGAGACCUGGACAACUAGGAAAUCUGAUACAGACUUUAGAUGAUUGGCUAGACACUACGAACAAUGCGCUUCUGACAAUUGAAGAGAAGAUCAAAUGGGCAGAUAAAAAGUGUGAGUUAGAUGCAAUACACAAAAAGGCAGUCAAGGACAGGGUGGAAGAAGUAAAGAAGUCUGUCAAUAACAAGGUAAGUUGAAUCCAUCAUCAACCUAUGUAGUGAUAAUUUUGUUUUGUGUUAUUUGUGAUGCACCAUCUAGGAUUGCUUCUCUUUUCUUUGCUGCAGUCAUAAGAUGUCCUGUAAAGGAAAAAAGGCCAGGGCCGCCAGGCUUAUCUGGGGGUGCUUGGUUCUGGCUGUGCCAUGGGUGGUAUUGUUGGAAAGAAAUAAAGGAUUUUUAAACAUUAUGUGGGAGUAGGGGUUGAGUAACAGGACAGAGCAGUUUUUGUCAGCUUUCUGGGCUUCAUUUCUACUGAGUUUAGUGUCUACUCUUUUAUUUGGCUUGACUGGCAGGCAGAGGUUCUUUAGUGUGUCUGAGAGUUUUCGGUUAUUUAGCUUUUUGUUGUUUAUCUUUCCUUCUUCAUCUUUUCGGAAUAAAACGAAGAAAUAUAAGAAAAAGGUAGAUGAGAUGCCUUUGUGGGUAUGCAUUAGUAAGUUUUUGGUUUCCAUAUUGUG